ACUAGAACAGAAAAGCUGCGAAAAGGGUUUAAGAUAAAGAUAGCAAAAAGCUGCACUGGAAGGAUGCUACCGAAUACUUACUGUUUCUCAUACUGUUCGACAAUUCAUUAUUUGGUUUUUCCAAAUCCUUCCAGUGUCCCCAAAACCGUUUUCCCCUCUGUAUUUGUGUUUACCUCGUUUUCCUCAUUCUCAGUCAUACGACACACGUUUUGGUUUUUCAUAUCGUCAAGUGUUUUGAAACUUACCGGCACCGAAGCCGACAAUGCCUGCGUUAGUUGUUGUCUGUGACGCAGGCAUAUUCGUGGAUGGCGACCUGGCCGUGGAAGGACAAUCAAUCCAUACCGGCGACGAUGAUAAAAUUGUGCGGAUAGAUUUCCCUGAAAGUCAGAAGAAAUUAGCUGUGAAGUACUUCACCCGAGAAUUACCAAACAAACGCAGAGACUGGACGAGAAUCGAGCGACUGCGUACACUGGAAAAUCCCUACAUCACCAACUAUUACUAUGCCGGCUCAUUAACGCAUGAUCGUAUAGGACUUCUGAUGGAGUACUUUCCGACGCGCGACCUUUUUGCAUCCGAGGGCAGGUUCAAUAUCUUGCAAACCUUGCAAAUUUCACAUGAGAUUUUGCAAGGCAUUGCGUUUCUACAUGGAAUCGGAAUAGCACACGGCAACCUGUGCUCCACAUCUAUCCUGUUGAAUCAGUCCAGUCAGCGGGAGGCUCCUUUUCCAAAAAUAAUUGGCAUUGAACGAGUUCCUCCCAUCGUUAAAAAAAGCGCAACCAAACCAGACACGUCUAAAGACAUGAAUAACGCCACUCCAGAAGACUUUGUAAAACAGUGUGCUUGGAAUAUAUGGAGCUUUGGUGACAUUUUGUGGGAUUUGGUAAAUAAAACAUCGUAUGAUAAUCUGCGGUUAGACAUCAUGCGCAACCCAUAUUAUACACAAGACACACUACCAAUGUUAGCAAAUGCAAAAAGGCUAGUGGACAACUUGUUGCCCCGCAUACCACCAGGGAUGCUGGACCUGAUGCAUCUGUGUCGUCGUAUGCACUCAUAUGAACGGCCGACUGCGGAAGAGCUGCAGCAGCAUUAUAUCUUUGCUAUGGAUGUCCCAUUCGAAGAACGAGAGAGACAGCGUUUGUUUCGUAUUCUGCAGUUCUUGGGUACCGAAUACUAUCGUCCGCUGUCGCAGCAGCAAUCGGAAAAACAAUAUUAUACUAAGAUUAAACGAAUACACCGUGUUCAACAGAGCAACGAGUUUUACGUUACAACAGUGGACCAUGCCGAUGGUAAAUUCGGCAAACGGCUGAUAUGGGAAAGUAUCUUCCCAUGCUUGCUGGAAUUUAGAAUGCCGGCGGAUCGCGGGUUUCUUGACAGACUAUACGCUUUCCGAGACAAGGAAAUGCUCCGUUUUUGCGGACUACAACACCAGUCCAUAUACCCAAUGUUACAGUGUUAUUUACGCUAUAUCCAUGAUUACAUUAGCGUCGUUUACCAAUUCGAAAUAAUAUGUAGCGAGAACCUUGAAUUGUUCCUGGAAAAAUUAGCAUUGCCCUGGAAUUAUAUUAAGAUUUACUGUCGGCAGCUACUGGAGGGUUUAAUGUUUCUGGAGGAAAGAGGACUGCGCAUUCAGGGUAUAUGUUCCUAUAUGGUGUCCCUUUGCUCCAGACACAUGACUGGUACUUUCAUGCAAGCCAAAAUACAUAUGGUGCAUUAUUUGGAUGAAUUACUGAUGGAGACCUUUGUAAGACAAAGUAAUAACAGCGAAUUACUGCGAAACCAGAGACGAGUCGGUCGGUGUAUUUCUCCCGAAGCCGCGCUAUUACCAUCGAUUUCUGGUUUGCUCCACGCGUCCAGCCAGCAACAAGUCUGGGGAAUGGGACAUAUCCUGCUGCAGAUGGCAACAAGCGCUGAGUUGCAGUUCGAAAAAUUAGCGCAAAAUGGCGAAACGGAAACCAGAAAUGUGAGUGCAGAUGUGUCCAAUGGUGCAGUUAUGGAGUGGUUACGGGACGGCUGGCGUCCCAAAGUGCCGACUACGCUUGCCGAUGGCGUUCGUCGCGUACUAGAAAUGUGUUUUCGGGUGAAGGAAAAGCGACCCUCAUUGCAGGAACUGGCUGCAGAUGUAUUCUUCCGGACUGCUAUGCCGCUAGAAGCCGUCGUUAACAGCACCAUGUUGCCGGUCUUCUGCAUGCGUCCAUUAACUGUGGGUGAAAUGGGGCAGGUGUUCAAUGGUUAUAACCCGGGUGCAAAAGAAAAUGAAGUUCAAAUAAUAGAUAUGGUAGCGGAAGCUGGACGUGAAGCCGGAAUUUUUCCAACGUUUUUGCAGUAUCGCAACUUCGAUAGUGAUCGGCCAUUAGCUAUUGAACUGCGAAGCUUGAACAAUUUCAAUCAGGUAGCGUUUUCUCCGGCGAACGAUCUAGUUGUUGAUCUGACAAUUUUUGGGGUCAGCGGUCUCGAUUGUGAAAUUUUCAAAGAGUUAAACCUGCCGAAUCUGCUGAGUCUCCGGCUAUACCACUGCCAAGACGUUGUGCUUGGACCAGGUUGUUUGAAAGUGUUCCCUAAACUUCGCUGCUUCGAGGUUCCCGAAUGCAGUUUCUUUCAGUUUCACGAAGACGUUUUGCGCGAAAUACCGCAACUGGAAAUGGUUAUCUUGGACAAUAAUGCUGCAGGAUUGUCUGAGCCUGCUUUGAUUGAGAGAAUUCGCUGUGAAAACAAAUUUGCAGAGCUCAAGCAGUAUCUGCAAAACCAUCCUGAUCUAAUACAAUCAAGAGCGGGUGGCGAUGUGUGGCGGUAUCAACGCUUGACAAGCAGACUGAAUACGGGAUGUGCCCUGGAUUGGCUGGGCAGCACAUCGGCGGCUUGUCCGCUUCCAGCAAGGUGCAUCCAAAUCGGCCUGCACGGAGAAUUUCGGCUUCGGUCGUCUGAUGUGCAAAAUGUCAUUAAAAUCAUUACAGCCGACGACUUGGACAAUGCAGAUUACAACCGCGAAGUUAGGCGGUUAUGUGAGCUGAACCAUUCAAAUGUGGUCACCCUGUCCAUUUGCGAAUCGGCGUCGCGUAACGCGCUAACACUGCGGAUGAAGUACUACAGUGAAGUGGGUUCUUUGGGAGAUUUCCUUAGUCGUAAUCGUCGAGUGCCACCAACUUUGCUGCAGAUUACCGAACUGACGCACGGUAUUCUACUCGGGUUGCAGUACCUGCAUUCUACAGAAAGAAAAACGUUGCAUCCGCUACAUGGAGCCCUCCAUCCGUGGAACAUUAUGCUAGAGUCCAAUGAGGUGUUUUUUACCCCAAAACUGAGCGACAUGGAUAAACACUUACAAAAGCUGUAUCUGCGACAGCAAAUCCAGAAGAAUCAUCAUACUUAUUCUCGCUAUGCCAACUGGUACAUGUCGCCGGAAAUGCUGCAGUGUACCGGCGCAGGGUGCUUUGAUAAGUUAACCAGUAAAACCGAUGUCUGGUCUUUUGGAAGAAUCGUACUGUACUUAUUCGAAGAACGCAUGCAGAUCGCCAAAGAAGCGCAAACAAUUAUUGAUACUUUUGACAUCAACUCAAAUAUGUUCUACGUUGAGGAGGACCGACCGCCAUGGUUUGCAUUUACGAACGAAGCUAUGCCGCCAGCAGUUAUUGACUUAGUAUACCUAACCCAUAAGGACGACCCACGGGAUCGGCCGGGCGCGGCCAUCUUACUCCAUCAUUUCGUGUACCGAAAGGAUUUGCCAUUGAAAAACAGAUUGUCUAGACAGGUUCGCACCGAUGCAAUGCCCACAUUGUCUUCCUGCAUCUAUCCGCCAGUGAUGCCGUUGCGGCAUAGUGGAUCUGUGCAGAGUGGGAAUAUUAUUGCCGUACAAAUAUGCAAAGAGUGGGUUAUCCCGAGUCCGCAUUCACAUUUGGAAUCAAAGGAUUUGGCCCAUUCAAAGCUGAGCUAUCUGGUGCAGCAAAUGAUUAUCAGAUCCGACGUCAUUAUUAAGUUUGCCACGGUACAUCUGCUGUCAACAGACGUCUUACGGUUUUCCGGAUACUGUUACUUUAAACCUGAAAAUAUUAACCUACGUUGGCACAUGGAUAAUUUCGCUCUGUCAAUGACCGAAAUUCGAACAUAUUGUAUUAACAUCUUACACGGACUGCAGUAUCUUCAAGACAAUCAUAUUGACGGGGAGCCUAUAACAAUUGAUUCAGUUUAUUUAUGCAAUCAGCAUGCCUGCGGCAUCUAUCAGACGGCAAAAAUAAUUAUCACACCAUCUCUGUUGGACCUUUUUAGCCCGGAUAAGAGGCUGGAGAUGCUGAGUACCAGCACCGGUUACGCUUUUGCACCGGAGGAGAUCUCAGGUUACUCCAGAGAUCAAGUCCAUAAAGCAAAUAUCUGGCAUUUCGGUCAAAUAUUGCUGGACAUGGCAGAAGUUCAAAUAAGAGGAUAUUGUUUCGAAGAAACACCGAACACUCAAAAUGACGCCGCAAUGCAAAACGCCUUAAUAGUCAAUCGAUUCAGAAAUCCGUCGGCAUUUCUGAAAGCUGGUAUGCGGCCCACUAUUCCGUGGUAUUUUUCAGAUCCGUUGCAGGGUAUUCUUCGAAAGUGCUUCGCAGAAAAAGUUCUCCGUCCUACCGCAAACCAACUGCAAUCCUUCGCUAACAUUCGCGAAUCGUUCUUCUACUGCUCGCCAGAUAUACAAUACAAGAUUCUUUACAACGAGUGGCCGCGGUUCGCGAGAAGAGUGACUAAUGUGGAUGAAUGCGACACGUGGACAAACGUUCUCUAUCCCCGCACGACGCCUAACGUGAAUGCACUACCGGCUAACAGAAUAAAGGCAGGAUUUUGGCCGGGUGGUAAUCGGCUUGACGUUUUAAAUUUGUUCAGAAUACGCACUAUGGACAGAGAUCACCCCAUGACUGUAUGGAUCUUUAACGAGACUAGUCUGCAGCGUCGAAUGUUUUCGCCCGUUUCCGAUUUGAUCGUUAAACUGGUCAUAGGAAAUACUGCGAAUUUUGAUUGCCGUCUCCUACAGGGUCUCCACCUCUACAAUUUGUUAUCGCUGCGGUUUGAAAACUGUACCGGUAUUCGGAUUUCCCAACGAGAUCUCAGUGGCUUCCCUCGCUUAAGGUCCUUGAAGUUUACUCGUAGUACAAUCCUUAGUUUUGAAGUUGGAGCUUUGAGUCAUCUGUAUUGGUUAUGCAAUCUUGACCUGACAGGAGAUCUUUGUCUACCGCAGACAGAUGAACUGGAAGAGUAUAUCGAGCGACUUUUGUCCUGUGAAAGUUUUGGAGAGCUCAGAAAAUUUCUUCAACACCAUCGUGAACUAAUUCAAGCGAAAGAUACGCCGUUAGUGGAACCCUAUAAGGCGCGGAAUUUAGGACAUCUGACAUUUCUGUUGUAGUUUAAUAAGACUAUUCCACACGGCUGCUACUCGUACUUCGUAGUAUCACACUGCGAACAAUUUUUGAGUGUUGACGGCUGACUCAGCACAACAACGUGGAGGAAUUCUCAAUUCCCAAAAACUACAUGAUGGCAGAUGUGUUGCACAAGAUGGCUAAAUUCUUAUUCAAGGAUGUGAUAUGAUAUGGAAAUUAGCAUUUGGCAUUAUUCAGUCCAAUCCGUUAUUUGACCGCCGGUUUCAGUGCAGUUCAUCCACUGGAUUGGCCAACACAUGUAACGUGCACGACGCUAUUUGACUAGCAGAACUAGGUAUUUGCGGUUGUGCCUGUUCAUUUAUUUGCGUAAGGUGAACGAUGACCAAGUGGCAUUCUGUGAUGAGGAUGACUCUCCCGUGGCAUUGAUCGCGAGAUGCAUGCAGGGUAGCUGUUGCCUGUUGCCAUACAACUAUGACGAAAUGCAACUAUCAUAAGUUGUUAAAUAAUCGUUAAGGGAGGCUACAGGCUCCCGUGUACAGGCCCAUAAUCAUUGCAAAACUACCAGAAAACUUGACCCGACCCCGAAGGCGACCCGACCAAAAAUCUCGGUUUACAAUUGUUUAUCUAUUCAUCCAAUAAAACCAGGGUUUCUCUUUAACUGAAAAUGGCUGAAACAGUUGAUGACCAUUCGCGGCAUUGACAACCACCGAAUUGCGGCCGAAUGUUUUCUGACGGACGUCAUCACUAUAGUUAUUGAUAAUUGUUCGUAAUUUUGCCCAUAACUGAUAAGCCGUAAUCCGUUGGCCGCAGUUUGCAAUUAGACAGGAUCGGAUAAGGUCCCUUGGCACUUCUUCGAUCUGAUCCGAAAUGAAAGGAGUAUAACCCUGAAUAAUUUUUAGCAUUAGGCCUUUUGCAUCAUCCUUUAUUCGGUCGUGUGGAUCUGCCGGAUUGUGAAAAAGCUUAUCUCCGAUCAAAUAGCAGCAGUUAGCGAGGUCCAACAUCACGCACCCUAGACUCCACACAUCGGACCGCUGGAGGCUCUGCUCGCAGACCUGUAGGGCUACCGCUUUCAGUAGUUCAGGGGACGCAUACGCCGGAGUGUACUGAAAUCCGUGGAGCGCCGUUUUAUCUAUCCUGCCGUCUUGGAUAGGCACUGCAUUGUCUAAGUCGCCGAUAAGCAGCAUGCAACAGCCUUUCGGGCCAGUCCUUCCGUUGAUAAAAAUAUUGCUAGGCUUCAAAUCUCCAUGGAUGAAAUUGUUCUCGUGGAUGAAAUUGAGACCACUAGCUAAGUGCGACAUCAUUGUAAUCAUACUUGGUAUAGUUAAAGGAUGCUGAUGUUGAUGAUGUUUUGUAACCAUGUCCGCGAGAUCGCCAGCUAAAAGACAGUAUUUUUUCAUGUCACUUGUAUAAUUCACAUUCUGACGCACGACAAGCAAAGGUUCAACCUGCACAUUUUUAUUUCGGCUCGACACUUACCUAAGUACCCUAACACCGUUUCUUAUUACAACUGAACGUCACAAACAAUCGGUAAUACAACAGAAAAAUACCAUUCCGCUCCGGAACAAACUAUCGGCUCGAGUCUUCGGCUGUUUGCAUUUCGGCUCUGCUUAAUGCGGCCAAAGUUUUUCUGGAGCCGCUCACCUCGGUUACCAUGUAUUUUGGCUAUCUUCUGGGGUCCACACGGGUGUUGGCUGUGGGCACGGGAUUCCUACACGGGCGCUGGCUGCGUGCACGGGCAAUUUCUACUUCGCGAAUUUUUUGAAUGAUAAAGCGCUCCAAAAGCUUUUAAAUUUCGUUUGUACGUCGAUUUUCGGAUACGCAGUUUCCACAAUAUAUACUAUAUUGUGGAUAUAUAUUGUGGGUUCUUUGAAAGAAGUUUUUCUAAGAUGCACGUUCACGUUCUAUUGAUGCUGUAUGUCUAUGUCAUGUAAACUACACCACUCCAUCCUGCGCAUUCCGUCGGAAGGGUUGCCAAAACUCUGACUCAGAAACAUUAUUCUUAAAAUCUACCCUAGGUUCUGAUGGCACAUCUACUCGUACAAUUUGAAAGCUGUCAAAAUUUAAUGGUACUGCAAACCGGUACAAGUAAAAAUCCGUGUACGUAAAAAACACCUGUGCCGACUUCCCGUGCACGCAGCAGACGCCCGUGUUUUCCCGUGC